AUGGCGUCCUACAAGAUUUCUGCGCCGGACGAAUACCUUGCCAUCACUGGCAUGGGUAUUCGUACCCCCCACGACUAUGCCAUGGACCUCCAAGCAAUGACAAAGGAGAAACUACAGUUCUCUCUCCCUGUUGUAUUUACAGUUGGACCAGACGUCAAUCAGCACGCUCUCGUCAAGUAUGCGAUGCUUUUAGCUCGCUCAAACAGCGGCAACAGGGUAGUUGCAGAGCGAGAUCAUGUAGAAAACAUUGUCAAGGGUAUUAUCGAGGGUGAGACGCGUGUUUUGGUGUCCGGAAUGACCAUGGAAGAAAUCUUCACCGAACGUGAAGUUUUCAAGCGACGCAUCUUCCGCAACAUUCAGGGUGAACUUCAGCAAUUCGGCCUUAAAAUUUACAACUCGAACGUCAAGGAGCUCAAGGAUGCUCCCAAUUCCAUCUACUUCGAAUCGCUCUCCAAGAAGGCCCACGAAGGUGCAACGAACCAGGCAAGAAUCGACGUUGCCGAAGCUCAGCUUCGAGGUAACGUUGGAGAAGCCAAGAAGAAGGGUGAACAAGAUCGCGAGAUUGCGAAAAUCAAUGCCGAGACUGCUGUACAAAAGACAGAGAGGGAUAUCGAGCGCGCAGAGGCGGAGGCGCGCCUCCAUACCCAACAAGCUGCUCUUACACGAGAUGUGGAGAUCGCCCGGGUCACCGCUAAGCGAACUCUUGAGUCUACGGACGAGAAUUUGAAGCGAGAGGUCGAAGUCAAGCGUGCAGCAGCCGAGAUGGAACGUCUUCGAGCCCAAGAUGUCGUCAAAGCGACUAUCAUUCGUGAAUCUAAACAACAAGCCGCGGAUGCCCUCGCGUAUGAACUCAACGCAAAGGCAAAGGCAGAUUGGGAGGCAGGACAACGCGCCGCAGAUACAGACGCUUACAAAACUCGUGUUUCUGCAGAAGCAAACCAGGAGGCGAGCCAGCGAGGAGCAGAUACAGAGGUUUACAAGAGCCAAAAGGCUUCUGAAGCAAACGCAUACAAAACUCGGGCUGCCGAUGCAGAGGCAUAUAGGGUUCGUGUGACAGCGGAGGCAAACCAGGAAGCAAGUGUGCGGAGCGCUGAGGCUGCCCUUGUCAAAACCCUUAAAGAAGCCGAAGGUAUCACAGCAAUGGCAGACGCAUACGGCAAGCUCUCUGUUGCAUUUGGUGGUCCAGCUGGUCUUCUCCAGUACAUGAUGAUCAAGGACGGCACUCUUGUCGAGCUUGCCAAGGCCAACGCCAGCGCUAUCCGCGGAUUGGAGCCCAAGAUCAGCGUUUGGAAUACCGGAAACCAGGGUAGCGGCUCGGAAUCAACCGAUGUCAUGCGCAAUGUCUACCAGAUGCUUCCACCACUGAUGACUACGAUCAAUGAGCAGACUGGUAUCACUCUUCCUGAGUGGCAGUUUGGCCGACUCAACGCGGCUCAGGGGGCAAUGACAGAGAGCAAUGUCAAUGGAGCUGGAAAGAAGAAGUAA